AUGGGUAUAUUUAAAUCCGAAUUACCUGAUCUAAUUAUUCCAAAUGUUGAUCUUUAUCAUCAUGUAAUCAGCAAUCCUAACUCAAUUCCUGACACUAAACCAAUCUACAUUGAUGGAUUAACCAAUAAAAGUAUUACUUUUGGUGAAUUUAAAAGUUUUACCAAAAAGUUUGCUAGUGGAUUAAAAUCAAUUGGAUUUAAACCUGGAGAAGUUCUGGCAAUUGUUUCUCCAAAUCACAUACAUUAUCCCAUUGCAUCAUUAGGAACAAUUGCAUUUGGUGGAGCUGUUACAACAGCCAAUCCUAAUUAUACAGUUGAUGAAUUAACAUAUCAAUUAACCGAUUCCAAAGCAUCAAUCAUUGUUGCACAUCCAUCGACCUUACCCAUUGUUUUAAAAGCUGCAAACAAUGUAAAAAUACCAACUUCCAAGAUCUUUGUAUUUGAUGAAAAUGAAGAUCUUGAUCAUGGCAUUAGAACAUUCAUCAGUCUAUUCAAGGAUGAUGAUGAUGAUUCAGCAAUUAUUCAUUAUACAACUGAAGAGGAAGUCAAAUCAACUGUUGCUUAUUUGUGUUAUAGCUCUGGCACAACUGGCAGACAAAAAGGUGUUGAGACCACACAUUAUAAUAUGGUUGCUAACAUUGAACAAGUUUAUCAUUUUGAGAAAUUUACUCCUGAUCUUGCAUUCUUGGGACCAUUAUACCAUAUAUUUGCAUUGCAUUUUAUUAUUCACCAAGCACUUUAUAGUGGAGCAUCAGCAAUAAUUUUAUCAAAAUUUGAUAUAAAUUCAUUUUGUCAUGCAAUACAAGAUCAUAAAAUAAAUAUUAUAUAUGUAGUUCCACCAAUUGUGCUUAAACUGGUUAAAGAUCCAGCUGUUGACAAUUAUGAUUUAACAAGUUUGAAAUUUUUAUUCUGUGCUGCCGCUCCAUUAAGUGAAGAGUUGAGUAAUAUGUUCAGCAACAAAUUUGGUACACCUCUUAAGCAAGGUUAUGGACUUACUGAAACUACACCAAUCAUUACAAUGGAUAGGACUGAUGAUAUCACAAUUGGAUCAUCUGGAAUUCUUGUAGCAAAUAUGGAAGCAAAAAUUAUUGAUGAAAGUGGAAAAGAACUUGGGAUUAACGAACAAGGUGAACUAUGUGUUCGUGGUCCAAACGUUAUGAAGGGUUAUCUUAAUAAUAAACAGGCCACUAAAGAAUGUAUUGGUAAAGAUGGAUUUUUCCGUACCGGAGAUGUUGCUUUUAUUAACGAAAAUGGGAAAAUUUUUUUGGUUGAUCGUAUAAAAGAACUUAUCAAAUAUAAGGGCUCUCAAGUUGCACCUGCGGAACUCGAAUCAGUCCUACUUACAAAUCCCAUCAUUUCCGAUGCAGCUGUAGUUGGUAUAUAUUCAGAACAAGACGCGACAGAAUUACCAGUCGCCUAUGUUGUACUACAAAAUCUUCCUCCUGAUCACCAACAAACCAAAAAACUGAUUCAAGAUCAUGUAGCUGAAAAAGUUGCUCCUCAUAAAAAAUUACGUGGCGGUGUCUACAUUAUUGAUAAGAUACCUAAAAGUCCUUCUGGAAAAAUUUUGAGAAAAGAUUUGAGAGAACGACUUAAGAGUGAAUGGGUUCUCACCAAGAAUCCCGAAUCAGAAGACCUAGUUAAUACAUCAUCACUCUUGGUUAAUGAUUCUCUUGCUUACAAUAUUUCUGUUAAUUCAUCAAACACUGAUAUUUGUGAUGUUGAAUCAGGUGGUGCACUCAUGAAUAGAGAAAAAGGCCAGUACCAAACAAAAAAAUAUAGUAUUUGGAGUGCCGAGGCUGCUAUUAAAGCUGAACCAACAGCCAAGGUUGCACUGACCAUUAGUGAAAAGAAUCAAGCUACUUUGGUUGAAAUUAAUAAUCAAGUAUUUUGUUUGGGCAAGACAUUACAAGAUUCAUGGUGGCAGGAGAAUCCUAUUUGUUAUGUUGGCGACAAUUCAUUAAUUGAUUGA